UUGAUCUCUCUAGCUCUCUCUCUAUUGUUGAAUUGUAAUACAACAAUGGCUUCAUUUUCUUCUUUCAUGGCCAUUGUGACUUUGGCUUUUCUUGUGCUCUUUAUUGGGAGCUCUUCAGCUCAACUCUUAACAAAUUUUUACUCCAAUUCUUGUCCAAAUCUUUUUACCACAGUCAAAUCUGCAGUGCAAUCUGCAAUUUCAAAAGAAGCUAGGAUGGGGGCUUCUCUUCUUCGCUUAUUCUUCCAUGACUGUUUUGUUAAUGGAUGCGAUGGAUCCAUCCUCCUCGACGACACAUCUUCCUUCACCGGAGAGAAGAGGGCAGUCCCGUAUUUGAACUCCGCUAGGGGAUUUGAUGUCGUUGACAAUAUAAAAUCCGUUGUUGAAAAGGCAUGCCCCGGUGUAGUCUCAUGUGCUGAUUUAUUAGCCAUUGCUUCUCGAGACUCUGUUGUUACACUUGGAGGGCCAAGCUGGAAUGUCAAGCUCGGAAGAAGAGAUGCUAGGACAACAAGCCAGUCUGCUGCCAAUAACGGCAUUCCUCCUCCAACUUCUAACCUCAAUAACCUCAUUUCAAGAUUCAAUUCUCUUGGCCUUUCUACCAAGGACAUGGUUGCUUUAGCUGGUUCUCACACCAUUGGACAAGCAAGGGGUACUUCAUUCAGGGCACGCUUGUACAAUGAGACAAACAUUGACGCUUCAUUAGUUCAGACAAGGCAAGGGAAUUGUCCAAGAACCGCAGGCUCAGGGGACAACAAUUUGGCACCUCUUGACCUUCAAUCUCCCACAGCUUUCGACAACAACUAUUACAAGAACCUUGUCAACCGGAGGGGGCUGCUCCACUCCGAUCAACAGUUGUUCAACGGCGGAUCAGCCGAUUCGAUUGUGAGAUCCUAUAGCAACAGCCAGAGCAGCUUCACUUCUGAUUUUGCCGCGGCCAUGGUUAAAAUGGGAGACAUCAGCCCCCUCACCGGAUCGAAUGGAGAGAUAAGGAAGAAUUGCAGGAAGACUAAUUGAUGAUCAAUUAGCUUUGGGAUUGAUAAUAAAAUUGAUUGGUAGCUCUAUUUUGCUUUGAUGAUGAUAGAAAUGUGUGUGUUUUGAAUUGCGUGUUUUGAGGUCCUUUUCCUUCCUUAGGUACCUAUUAAGGGCAUGACCAUGUCAAAGUAGCUCUAUUUUGCUUUGAUGAUGAUAGAAAUGUGUGUGUUUUGAAUUGUGUGUUUUGAGGUACUUUUACUUCCUUAGGUACCUAUUAAGGGCAUGACCAUGUCAAAGGAAGUGUUGUUGAGUUCUGCUGCUUUUUUAGACUUGGUUGAAAAUUCAGAUUUUCAUUGAAAAUCUUAGUAAGAUUUUCUGUGAAAAUCCUAAAUAAACUGAACACUUUUUGUUAGUUAUCAAUA